AGUACUAGAUUUUUAAACGUCAAGAGACCUGAACAUCCUUUGUGAUAUGUAACUGCUGUGGAAGUGCUUUAUCUUGUGUGAAUGGCUAAGAUUUUUUCCUACAACGUGGUGCAACUAUCUUUCAUCGGUGGUUGUAAUAUACUGUUAUGCUUUUAAUCCUUGCAAGCCACCCGGAAUCAUCAAGUGCAUGGUUUUAGGAAUGAAAAUUACAAACGAAUGAAUAAUGAAAGAAAGUUCUUCUCAGUACCUUGGACUACAGGGUCUCUAUUCAUUUUCAUCUUAGCCUGGAAACUGAAUGCACUUUCCAUUGAAUGGAAACAAUCUACUCAUCCAGGAGAGAAAUCCUUUAUCUUCCAAGAUGGCUGAAGGGGGCACUCCUUGUCAGUCUGCUUCCAUGAAUAAAAGUUGCUUUGCAGAUUCAGAAGAGCCUUUGAAUUUGUUUGGACAAGAGGCAAGAACCAGGCAGAACAUUCUGGAAAAAGCCACCGGUUGGAUUUUCCAUAAUUGCCCUUUCAGGGAGCUCUGUUACCAGGAGGCUGAGGGACUCCAAGAAGUAUGCAGCGGACUCCACCACAUUUAUGGUCAAUGGCUGAAACAAGAAGACCACAUGAAAACUCAGAUGCUGGACCUGGUGGUCCUGGAGCAGUCCCUGGCCGUUCUGCCCCCAGAGAUGGAGAGCUGGGUCUGGAAGGGUGGAGCAGAGACCAGCUCCCAGGCAGCGGCCCUGGCCGAAGGCUUCCUCCUGAGUCACGUGCAGCAGAAGAUACAGCGAAAGCAGCAGGUUCAAGAGCUCUUCAUGGAGGUGGCCACCCAAGCGCCUAAAGCAUUAGGGGAUGUGUCAUAUGCCCCUCAGAAACCCGUCUUGGGGGGGAUCUCCCAGGAGGACCCAUCUCAGAUCCCACCAUCAGAAAAUGGAACAAUGGUGAUGAUACCGGUGGAAAUAGCUCCUUUUUGUGAUGGAGCAGAAACAGCGGUUGUCCUGCCAAUUCAGGUUCCCGUGUCCUUCGAAGAUGUAACUGUGUUUUUCUCUGAGGAGGAGUGGGCUCUGCUGGAUUUUGACCAAAAAUCCCUAUACAGAGAAGUCAUGCUGGAAAAUGCUAAGAAUGUGGACUCCAUUGUUGACUGGCAAGACAAUGAGGAUUAUAAAGAACCAGGUGUGAAAUCUUUGCAAAGAACUGAAACUGGAGAAGGGAUAUUGGACAAUCAGGGGGAGCCAAAGGUUCCUGGGGAAAACCAGUUGAACAGUAGGAUGGAGAAAUCCUCUAUUUUUCAAUAUGGAAAAAACUACAUCUUCCAUACCCAAUACCAUAAAGAAAAUGGAAGCUAUUUAGAAGGUGGGAAAAUGUUCAGGAAUAAAUCAGAUGUAUCUGAAUAUAGCAGAACCCACCCUAAACAAAAGCAGCGUGAAUGCAGAGAACGUGGAAAAAAUAAUGAUUUGAAUCUCGGUCUUAAUUUACAUCAAAGCAUUGAGGUAGAAAAUCCAUAUAAAUAUCCAGAGUGCGGGAAAAUCUUUAACGAGAACAGUACUUUUAAUACCCAUAAAAGAAUCCACAGAGUAAAGAAGUCAUAUAAAUGCACAGGGUGCAGAAAGAGUUUCUAUACAAGCAAUGAUCUUAAUUCGCAUAAAAAGACCCAUGCAGGAAAGAAACCAUGUAAAUGCAUGGAAUGUGGAAAGAGGUUCACUACAACUAGUGACCUUAAUUCCCAUAAAAGGAUUCACACAGGGGAUGAGCCAUAUAAAUGCAUGGAGUGUGGAAAAGGCUUUACUCAAAACAGUCAACUUACCUCCCAUAAAAGAGUCCACACAGGAGAUAAGCCAUAUAGAUGCACAGAGUGUGGAAAAAGCUUCACCACAAGUGGUUCCCUUAUUUCUCAUAAAAGGAUCCACACAGGGGAGAAACCAUUUAAGUGCAUGGAAUGUGGAAAGAGUUUCAGCAUGAGCAGUAACCUUACUUCCCAUCAAAGGAUCCACUCAGGGGAGAAACCAUAUCAAUGCAUGGAGUGUGGAAAAAGCUUCAGUAUGAGCAGUAAUCUUACUUCCCAUCAAAGGAUACACACAGGGGAGAAACCAUAUCAAUGCAUAGAGUGCACAAAGAGCUUCAGAGACAUGAGUUCCUUUACUUCACAUAAAAGGUUCCAUACAGGAGAGAAACCAUAUAAAUGUAUGGAUUGUGGAAAGAGCUUCACCACAAGUGGUUCCCUUAUUUCUCAUAAAAGGAUCCACACAGGGGAGAAACCAUUUAAGUGCAUGGAAUGUGGAAAGAGUUUCAGUCAGAGCACUUCCCUUACUUACCAUGAAAGGAUCCAUACAGGGAUGAAACCAUAUCAGUGCAUGGAGUGCGGAAAGAGAUUCAGCACAAGCAGUCAUCUCAUUUCCCAUAAAAGGAUCCACACAGGGGAAAAACCAUUUAAGUGCAUGGAGUGUGGAAAGAGCUUUACAAUGAGACGUGGUCUUACUUCCCAUGAAAGGAUCCACACAGGGGAGAAACCAUAUAAAUGCAUGGAGUGUGGAAAGAGCUUUAGAAGUAGGAGCGAUCUUAUUUCCCAUAAAAGGAUCCAUACAGGAGAGAAACCGUAUCAAUGCAUGGAAUGUGGAAAAAGCUUCAGUUGGAGUGGUAACCUUACUUCUCAUAAAAGGAUCCACACUGGGGAGAAACCCUAUAAGUGCAUGGAAUGUGGAAAGAGUUUCAGCCAGAGCACUUCCCUUACUUCCCAUGAAAGGAUCCAUACAGGGAUGAAACCAUAUCAAUGCAUGGAGUGUGGAAAGAAAUUCAGUACAAGCAGUGAACUCAUUUCCCAUAAAAGAAUCCACACAGGGGAGAAACCAUUUAAGUGCAUGGAAUGUGGAAAGAGUUUCAGCCAGAGCACUUCCCUUACUUCCCAUGAAAGGAUCCAUACAGGGAUGAAACCAUAUCAAUGCAUGGAGUGUGGAAAGAAAUUCAGUACAAGCAGUGAACUCAUUUCCCAUAAAAGAAUCCACACAGGGGAGAAACCUUAUCAGUGCAUGGACUGUGGAAAGAGUUUUAGAGACUUGAGUUCUUUCAUUUCUCAUAAAAGGUUCCACACAGGGGAGAAGCCAUAUAAAUGCAUGGAGUGUGGAAAGAAAUUCAGUACAAGCAGUGAACUCAUUUCCCAUAAAAGAAUCCACACAGGGGAGAAACCUUAUCAGUGCAUGGACUGUGGAAAGAGUUUUAGAGACUUGAGUUCUUUCAUUUCUCAUAAAAGGUUCCACACAGGGGAGAAGCCAUAUAAAUGCAUGGAGUGUGGAAAGAGCUUUACUAAUAGCAGCCAACUUACCACCCAUAACAGGAUCCACACAGGGGAGAGACCUUAUCUAUGCACAGAGUGUGGAAAGAGAUUCACCACAAGUGGUUCCCUUACUUCCCAUAAAAGGAUCCACACGGGGGAGAAACCAUAUAAGUGCAUGGAAUGUGGGAAGAGUUUCAGCCAGAGCGCUUCCCUUAGUUCCCAUGAAAGGAUCCAUACAGGGAUGAAACCAUAUCAAUGCAUAGAAUGUGGAAAGAGCUUCAGUAAGAGCAGUCAUCUUUCUUCCCAUAAGAGGAUCCACUCAGGGGAGAAACCGUAUAAAUGCACAGACUGUGAAAAGAGCUUUCAUACAAGCAGUUACUUGAUUUCACAUAAGAGGAUCCACUCUGGCGAGAAACCAUAUCAUUGCAUGGACUGUGGAAAGAGUUUCAAUACAAGCAGUUCCCUGACUUCACAUAGGAGGAUCCACACAGGAGAGAAACCAUAUCAGUGCAAAGACUGUGGAAAGAGUUUCAGUCACAACACUUCCCUCUCUUUUCAUAAAAGGAUCCACACGAGGGAGAACCCACUUGCCAGCAUAUAAUAUGGAUGCAGCUUCAUCCAGAGUAGUGAACUUUUUGUAAAAGGAGCCACAUGGGGGAGAGCCCAUAUACAUGGAUGCAACAUGGGAAGAACUUAAGUGACUGCAUUUCCAAUCACAAUGUCAAAAUGGAAAGGGAGUGAAUUAUGAUUAGAGAAAAUGGGUUAGAGUGAAGGAAGGGGAAGAGAAGGGAUAAAUGGAUUGGCCAGAUGAAGGAAAUUAGAGGAAAGGUUUGGAAGACCUUCAGUUUACUACAAGAGAUUUUGUCUGUGUGGUAGAUACAUUAUAGCUGGACUUGAUGGCAUCUAACUAACCAUAUCCCUCAAAUAUAAUUCAACCUGCAGGGAGAUAUUGGGGAUACCCAGAAUUUUAUUAAACCAGAUUUUUAUUGGGAGACUGGUUUAUCCCUGGUUGCAUGUCUAACUGUUUCUCUAAGGCCUAAGGUGGAUUUCUCUCUUUCCUUCCUUUCUAUAUCCACUUAUCACCUCUUCAGGUCAUACACCUCCAGUCUUAUUCCUGUCUGCAUUCCCUCCUCCCCCAUUUCCAGGAAAACUACCCAUUCCCCGAUUUCUCAUAUUUUGUUGUUUCUAUUGGAAGACAGGGCAUUUUUGGGUGUGAGAGAUAAUGGUUGUUGCAUGUAAAUAACAUUCAAUUUGCUUCCUUAUUUUAAUGGCAAUUACAUUUUAUUAAAUUUUAUUUACAUUAUUUUUGUUCUGGGCCUGUCUUUUUGGGAGUGUGACUUUUGACAGUCAUAUGUAUGAACACAGAUAUGUGAGCCGUCCCCACAUUUAUUGGGAGGGCAGUAAUAACCCAUAAGUGGAUAUGUAAUUGGAGACUCUACUUUGGUCAAUCACUUAAUCCUGGGAGAAAAUGCAAUGGCUAUUAGUUUUCUUGAUAAGCCAUGAGUUGGCCAAGCCUGCGGAUGAUAUUGAAGUACUCAAGAUAAUGAAAACAGAAGUGAUUGUGAGGAAUUUGAGAAGAAUCUCUUGAAAGAGAAUGAACAAUCAACUCAGUGGCCAGCACAGUUCCCUUGAAGAACAUUGAAAGUGACAUGUACUGGGGCAUAAGUUCCUAACUUGACAUCCACAUUGUUGAGGCCUGAGCUGUACUUAGGCAGGGGAAAGAUCUUGUGUGAUAAUGGAGACCACAGUGAAGCCAUUGACUUUAUGUGGCAGUUGAGAAAAAGACAAAUCCCAUGUUAGGUUUCAGUAGGAAAGGAAUGGAAAUGAAACCAUUAUUCCCUUCUACAGUCUAUUUGCAUCUUGAAUAUUGUGUAUAGUUCUGGUCAUCCUAUUUGAAAAAAGGUAUAGAAGUGAUGGACAAAGUUCAAAUGCAGCCAUUAAAUGAUAGGGGGUUUGGAUAGGUUUAUUUGUGUUUGGUGCUCUUAAGCAAAAAAAAAAAAAAAAAAAA